GAAAGGAAAAGCCAGCACUGGCAGAACUUGAAGACGCGUGCAUUCAUGAGUGGAUGGAUCCGUGAUGGCCUGUGCAGAGGCUGCCCGCAUCUGUAGCCGUGUUCCAGGAAAAGCCUUGUGCAGGAGUCCAUCGCAGGGGCUCCGCUAUUUUCCGUUUACGUGGUCAGGAGUGCCGCGGCGGUUGAGCGGAGGGUCGUCCUGGUCAUUUGUAGGUUUGAAGGGUAGUUGCAUAGCAGAGCGGACACAGCCGCAUAUGCUUGUGCUGUCCAAGAGUGCUUUCUCAGGAACUGUUGAAUUGAGCUUUUCGAGCAGCUUUCCCAACAUCAGAGUGCCAAUGGCCAAGACGUGCCCUCCAACUUGUGCAUCGAGCGUAGAGAGGCAGUUUCAGCCCUCCUCUUCUGCCUCUGAUGCUUUUGCAACCAUUACCAAAGAAAUGUCAGGGAUGUCCAUUCUGGACAACAUAGAGAAACAGCCGGUCUCACAAACUGCAUCUUCAAGUACCAAUGGCAGUGGAUGUCCAGAUCUUGAAGAAGCCGCUACCAGUGCGAGUUGCUCCAACCAAUGGCAGGUCCCAGAACCAAACCCUAAUUUGUACACGGGGCCAUAUAGGGGCAUAGGCACGGCCGAGGAUUAUGGGUCUGGUCAGCUGCCUCCUCCAAAGUUCAGCAUUGCGCCCAUGAUGGAAUAUACAGACAACCACUACAGGUAUUUUGCGCGGCUUUUAACCAGGCGCACAUGGCUCUGGACGGAGAUGGUUGUGGACAGUACCAUCAACCACAAAGUGGGUGCAGAAGCGGACCGGUGGUUGGAGUUCAACGUGUGUCAGAAGCCCGUGGUUCUGCAGCUGGGGGGGAGCAAGCCGGAGACUCUUGCCGCUGCGUCAAAAGUGGCAAGGCAAUACGGGUAUACAGAGCUUAAUCUGAACACCGGGUGCCCUUCGGAAAGGGUCGCCGGUGCCGGCUGUUUCGGGGCGCAGCUCAUGCAAGACCCCCAUCGUGUGGCCGCAUGCACGUCCGCAAUGGCCGAGGCCAGCGGCUUGCCCGUCACCGUCAAGUGCCGGAUUGGCGUUGACGAUUUCGACACCUACGACUGGCUCUGCCACUUCAUCCGCGUCGUCUCUGAGAACUCCCCCGUCCGUCACUUCAUCAUUCACGCCAGGAAAGCGUUCCUCAAGGGCCUUAGCCCCGCCCAGAACCGCACAAUUCCCCCUCUGAGGCGAGAGUACGCGCUGGCGCUUGCUCGCGACUUCCCGCACCUCAGGUUCACGGUCAACGGUGUAUUCAAGGGGUGUCAUGACGCAGCCGCCACUUAUGCGGAAGCACGGGAGCUGGGGUUUAGCAACAUAGAGGGGAUUAUGGUGGGCAGGGCUGCGGUGGACAAGCCGUGGACAGCGCUGGCGGAUGCAGACAGGGCACUGUUCGGAGUGGAGAACCCGUGCAGGAGCAGGCGGCAUUUGAUUGAGCAGUACCUCGAGUAUGCGAAGUCCGCUGUGGGGAGGGACAAACCUGGCCUGCCCUCCGCUCGGCAGCUGAUGAAGCCCUUACUCAAUCUCUUUCACGGAGAAAGAAACUGCUCGCUGUGGAAGAAGAGCGUCGAUGCUGCUCUUCGAGAACACAAAACUUUGGAGGCCGUUUUGGCACAGUCCCUUCCCGUUCUUCCUGAGGAGGUUCUGGAUUCUCCUCCUCCGGUGUUGGCUCCAAGCCAGUCGCCCCUCUUGUUGCAAGCUCCUCUGCCGCAGUGUGAGGAGCCGCAACCGAAUCUGGGUCUUGGGUUGGAUGUGCGAUUAGGGGAAAGGGCACAUGAGCUGGCAUCGGAAGCGGACAAGCUGGUGGCUGGAGCUGCAUAGCGUCUCAUGCUGAGGAACGGAUCGACAUUCGAGUGAUGCCAUUGAAAGCUGCAAGCGAGAAUUGCGCUAAAAGAGACCAAGCCAUGCGAGGUGAUUGCUGUUCGUGGAUGUUCUGCACAGAGGGUCUUUGCAGAUUGCGCACCUCAGUGCAUGCAAAAUGAAUAAGUGAUUGGAAAGCAUAUUGACUAUCAAAUCCGGACCUCAAUCAGAAAAUGGACUGCGGUCAAGAGACCAGGAGACGACACGACCAGAUUCAAACCCCUUUGC